CAAAGGCACACCUCCGGACCCGAAUCACGUGCACUGUCGUGUCAAUAGGACACUCUUCAACCCACUGCAUGCUCACGCUUGCUGCUGUCAUGGCACCAUCGCUCCGCCUCGGAACAGCUCGGGCUGCAUCCAACCAGGGCGCGGCUCGGAUGUCGUCGUCCGCCGCUGCUCCCACCAGCGCGCCAUACGGCGCGUGGCCUUCGGCCGUCACAGCCAAGUUCAUCACAACGUCGGGCGUGCGGAUCGGCGGGCUCGGCUGCGACGAUUCGGGCUCGGUCUACUGGCUCGAGGGCCGGCCGCAAGAGGGCGGCCGCCAGGUCGUCGUCAAGUAUGCUCCCGGCGCCGAGGGCGCCUCUGAGCGCGGCGCCGUCGAUGCGACGCCCAAGGACGCCAACGUGCGGACACGCGUGCACGAGUACGGCGGCGGAGCGCACCUGCUCACGCCCAAGGGCGUCGUCUACUCCGACUUCAAGUCGCAGCGCCUCUUCCUCGCGCCGGCGGGCGGCGGCGACGCCGUCUGCCUGACGCCCGAAAGUGCGUGGCCCGACGGGCAGUACCGGUUUGCCGACGCGCGGCUGACGCCCGACGGGCGGCACCUGGUGUGCGUGCGCGAGGACCACUCGCCGACCGCGGACGCCAAGCCGUCGGCGGUGCUGAACGAGGUCGUCUCUGUCGCGCUCGACGGCUCUGGCGCGAUGACGGUCCUCGCGACCGGCGCCGACUUUUACGCUGCGCCGCGGCUGAGCCCGGACGGACGCACGCUCGCCUACAUCACGUGGGAGCACCCGAGCAUGCCGUGGGACGCCACCACGCUGCGCGUCCGCCCGCUCGGCCCGCUCGCCACCGCCGAGGGCGCGGGCGAGGACGAGACGGCCGCGAGCACCGCGGGGCACGCGCGGGUCGCGGGCGCCGACGCGGAGGGCUGCAUGUCCGACGGCGACAUCUCGGUGCAGCAGCCCGCCUUCUCUCCCUCGGGCGCGCUCUACUUCAUCAGCGAUGAGAGCGGCUUCUGGAACCUGUACCGCGCGCCGCCCGACGGCGGCUACGCGUCGGCCGUCAACGUGCUGCCCCGCCCGACGGACUUUGGCGGCGGCUCGCCCGGCUGGCAGUUCGGGCAGCAGGGCUUCGCCUUCCUGCAGGACGGGCGCGUCGUCGCAACCUACGUCGACCGCGGCAGCGGCCAGUCGCGCCUCGUCCUGCUCGACGACGUUGCGGCGCCGACGCCGAGCGAGUUUGGGUCGGAGGAGGGGCUCCCCUUCUUCUUCGGCUCGCUCGUUGAGUCGAGCGACGACGGCGCGCUCUACAUGCUCGGCGGCUCGCCGCAGCGCGCGAGCGGCGUUUACAGGUGGUCCGGGCUGCUGCCGGGCGGCGGCGGAGCGGCGGAGAUGAUUGCGUGCUCCUCGUCGUCCGAGAUUGACGAGUCCCUCGUCAGCGUGCCCAGGCCGGUCGAGUUCCCGGCGCCGAUGGGCACCUCGUACGGCUACUACUACCCGCCGCGCAACGACGCGUUCACGUCGGACGAGGCGGCGCCGCCGCUGCUCGUCAAGGCGCACGGAGGGCCCACCGCCGCUACCUCGACCGCCUUCAACCCGGCGAUCCAGUUCUGGACGUCGCGCGGCUUUGCGGUGCUCGACGUGGACUACGGCGGCUCGAUGGGCUACGGCCGCGACUACCGCCGCCGGCUGCGCGGCAACUGGGGCGUGUGCGACAUCGACGACGUGUGCGCGGGCGCGCAGCACCUCGUGGCCGAGGGGCUCGCCGACCCAAAGCGGCUCGCCAUAGACGGGGGGUCGGCGGGCGGGUACACGACGCUGGGCGCGCUGGCCUUCAAGGACAUCUUCACGGCUGGGUGCAGCCUGUACGGCGUCGCCGACCUCGGCUGCCUCGCCGGCGACACGCACAAGUUCGAGAGCCGCUACCUGGACGGGCUGGUCGGCAAGUACCCGGAGGACAAGCAGCUGUACGACGAACGCGCGCCGAUCAACGCCGUCGACUCGCUCUCGUGCCCCGUGCUGCUGCUCCAGGGCGACGAGGACAAGAUUGCGGAGCUCAUGCACGCGGCGCUGCUCAAGAAGGGGCUGCCGUGCGCGCUCAAGAUGUACCAGGGCGAGCAGCACGGCUUCCGAAAGGCGGAGAACAUCGAGGACGCGCUCAACUCAGAGCUCUUCUUCUUCUCGCGCGUCUUUGGCAUCGAGCCGACGCCCGAUGCCGCCCCUUUUGACAUCGACAACAUGCCGGCGUGAUUCACAGCCGCGCGCGCCGGAUGCACGUGUCGUUGGCGGAUCUCUAGAUCUCAGGUGCGCAGCGACCCCGCUCCCCGGGGGUUUGCUCGUCUCCCGGCUAUGGCCUCUCAUCCACCCCUCUCUGUUGUUCUAGGCACAUACCUCAUAGCUCAUACGUGCUCUACGGCUCGCUCUCGGGUGGUUUAUUUCUUAUUUUCUUUUCCCUUGCUGCUCAGUAAAGGUCUAAAAAAACGAGAACGAAUGCGG